AUGAGUAACAGAGCAUUACUUAUGCUUUCUAGCUUUAUUGAAGCAAACGGCUUAGGAAGGCCUGAUUUGUGGGGAAAAGCAAUUCUUUCGCUUCAGGUCAUCCAACAACUGAAUUAUUUGUUUGGUUUUGGUUGGUAUUUAAGUGCUUGUAUUACUUUUACACUUUAUCAAGCAAUGCUUUUUUCAACUACAAGAUCCCCUAAAUUAUCCGAUUCAAUAGCCCCAGCUCCAAACAGAGCCAGAAUUAUUUGGAUACAACAAACAAACAUAAACAUUCCUUUACAACAAAACCAGAGACUUUUAACUUUAGAAAGACGUCCAUCUUCCUCUAAUCUUCAAUUAGAAAAUUUAAUAAAUAUAAACGAAAUAAAUAAUUAGUAAAUAUGUUUUUGAUAAUUUAAAAUUUAAUAAUUGUUUGUAAUAAAAAUUCUUCUUUACCUUCAUGGGCUUAUAAAUUCGGGGUUUCCUGGUAGCUGAAACAACCAUAGAAUUUUACUUCCUAUAACUGUACAUAAACGGGAAAUUGAAGCUAUGAUUGGCCCCUGACUCCUCGGGAAGGGAUUUUCGGGGUAUGUGGAUGUCGUGGAAUGGACUGUCAGGGAUCGGGUCGAGGAAUUUGGAUAAUCCUAUUAAAUAGUCUUUCCGAUACUUUAAUAAAUUAUGAUAAGACUUGAAAUUUUGAUGACUUAUCAAACAAACAAAAUGUUUUAUAAAUAAAAUAA